UGCGCCGCGGGCGGCUGCUACCCGGCCACCGGGACCCUGCUGGUGGGGCGAGCCCCCCGCCUGAGUGCCACCUCCACCUGCGGGCUGGAUGGGCCCCAGGAGUACUGCAUCGUCAGCCACCUCCAGGACUCGGAGAAAUGCUUCACCUGCGACUCGCGGGACCCGUCCCUGCCUGAGAGCCAUCGCAUCGAGAACGUCAUCUACCUGAGUGGCCCCCAUGGCCAGCGGACCUGGUGGCAGUCGGAAAAUGGCGUGGAGCAUGUCAGCAUCCGCCUGGAUCUGGAGGGCGAGUUCCACUUCACCCACCUCAUCAUGAAGUUUAAGACCUUCCGCCCUGCGGCCAUGCUGGUGGAGCGCUCGGCUGACUACGGGCGCAGCUGGAAGGUGUACCGCUACUUCGCCUACGACUGCGCCGCUGCCUUCCCCCACGUCCCCCGCGGGCCCCCGCGCCGCGUCGACGACGUCGUCUGCGAGUCACGCUACUCUGACAUCGAGCCCUCCACCGAGGGGGAGUUAUUCUCCGGGGUGCUGGACCCUGCCAUCCCCAUCCGGGACCCCUACAGCCCCGCCAUCCAGAACCUGCUGCGCGUCACCAACCUGCGGGUGAACCUCACCAAGCUGCACACGCUGGGGGACAACCUGCUGGACACGCGGCGGGAGAUCCAGGAGAAGUACUACUACUCGCUCUACGAGCUGGUGCUGCGCGGGAACUGCUUCUGCUACGGGCACGCCUCCGAGUGCGCCCCGCUCAGCGGGGUCCCCGCAACCACCAACGGCAUGGUGCACGGGCGCUGCGUCUGCAAGCACCACACGCAGGGGCUGAACUGCGAGCGCUGCGAGGACUUCUACCACGACCUGCCCUGGCGUCCGGCCGAGGGCUCCAGCACCAACCCCCUCAGCGGCGAGUGCCUCUGCAAGCGGCUGGUGACUGGGCGCAGCUGUGACCAGUGCCUGCCCGAGCACUGGGGGCUGAGCCACGACCUCCCGGGCUGCCGGCCGUGCGACUGCGACGUGGGAGGUGCCCGCAACAACCUGUGUGCCAUGGAGACGGGGCAGUGCCAGUGCCGCAGCCAUCUGGUGGGACGACAGUGCGGCCAGGUGGAGCCCGGCUUCUACCGCGUCGACCUGGACCAUUACACCUACGAGGCUGAGGAUGCUCGGCUGCAUCAGGGUUCGGUGGUGGAGCGCGAGCCUCCCACGGACCACCCGGCUUCGUGGACAGGGACGGGCUUUGCCCGCGUGCUGGAAGGCAGCUGGAUAGAGUUUCACAUGAGCAACGUGCCUUUCUCCACCGAGUACGACGUGAUCAUCCGCUACGAGCCCCAGCACCCGGAGCCCUGGCAGGAGGUGAGGGUGAGGGUGCUGCUGCCCAGCGCCAUCUCCGCCAGCAGCCCUUGUGGAAACACCAUCCCAGCCGACGACCAGCUCUCCACCAGCCUCCCCUCCGGUGCCAGGUACGUGGUGCUGCCCCAGCCCGUCUGCCUGGAGCAGGGCUGCUCCUACACCCUGCGCCUGGAGCUGGGCUGUGCCACUGCUCGGCGGGAUCCCACCACCAGCGUGCUCAUCGACUCGCUGGUGCUCCUGCCCCGUUACUCCUCGCUGGAGAUGUUCAUCGCGGGCGACCCCGGCUCCAUGGAGCGCCGGGAAACCUUCGAGCGGUACCGCUGCGCCCAGCCCUUCCACGCCGCGGGGCCGAAGACUCUGUCCCCACCCCAUCCUUAUCCCAUCUCUGUCCUGACCCUGUCCCAACUCUAUCCCAUCCUCAUCGGUUGCUCCUGCAAUGCGCUGGGCACCGACGCCAGCACCUGUGGGCCCCAGCAGUGCCAGUGCGACGGGCACAGCGGGCAGUGCCACUGCCUGCCCCACGUGGAGGGCCAGAGCUGCGACCGCUGCAGCCCCAACUUCUGGAACCUGGGCAGCGGGCAGGGCUGCCAGCCCUGCGCCUCUAGUUCCUUGCCAGAGAGUUUGACCACAGAGAGUCGCCAAGAUAGCUGGGCCAGGAAGAAAACGUCGCACCCCUGA